GAGGACUGUGCCUGAGGUGUUGGGAGCACCUCAAAAACCCUGUGCCUCUUGUACCAGCUGAGACCGACUGCUAACCAGUGAUAACCAGAGUAGGACUUUGAGCACUCCAAUAACAUCAGAGCCGGAGUUACAAAGCCCUGGGGCUCUGGCCAUAAAAACCUGGGUACCUUUGGUCUUUAUUGAUCCUGGAUUCUGGGGCGGUUAGAAGCAUCCAAGGAUCUGAGACCGCGCACAGACACUUCAAGGAAGCUAAAAGCACUGUAGGACAAGAUGGACACUGAGGUGAAGCAAAAUGGCUACACAAAAGUCCACAAACCUGUGGCUGGCAUAUUUCUGGAGAAAACAAAGGAGAAAAUAACCAUAUACCAAGCCAUGAAAAAACGUCUUCUUAAGCCAGGAACAGCAUUAGCUCUGCUUGAAGCACAAGCAGCCACAGUGGGCAUCGUAGACCCAAUAAAGAAUCGAAUACUUCCGGUUGCAGAUGCUGUUAAAGAGGGAAUAGUUGGACCAGAAAUGAAAGAGAAACUCCUCACAGCAGAGAAAGCUGUCACUGGCUAUACAGACACCUACACCAACCAAAUGAUAUCUGUAUUCCAAGCUAUGCAAAAAGAUCUAGUCCCAAGAGAUUUGGGAUUGAGGCUGCUGGAAGCACAGAUAGCCACACAAGGCCUGUUUGAUCCUGUUGACAAGAAAAAUAUUUCAGUUGAAUUAGCAAUUCAAAAGGGCUACUAUGAAAAAGGGUUGCUUGAUAACCAGAUGUCAGAGCUCAAAGUGUUCUACAAUCCAAGCUCACAAGAAAAUCUUAACUACCAAAACCUCCUAGAGAAAUGCACUGUGGAGGCUGACACAGGCCUGUUGCUUCUUCCGGUUUGCAUCACCUUCAAAGGUCUGCGAAGAGGUAUUUCCUCCACUCAACUCCUUGAAUCAAAGAUUAUUGACAAAGAUACAUUUGAUGACCUACAGAAGGGAAAGACCACAACACAGGAUGUGAUGUUGAUGGAAACAGUGAAAGAAUACUUGGAGGGCAAAGGCAGUAUCGCAGGCAUUGCUGUACUCUCAUCAAAUCAGAGAAUGAGCAUUUAUCAAGCCAUGAAGCAAGGCAUACUGAUGCCUGGAACAGCACUAGUUCUACUGGAGGCACAAGCUGCGACUGGAUUCCUGAUUGAUCCUGUGGAAAAUAAAAAGUACACUGUGGAUGAAGCCAUCAAAAACAAACUCUUUGGCCCAGAAUAUCAUGCAAAGCUGCGUUCUGCUGAGCGGGCAGUAACUGGGUACAAAGACCCAUACACAGGUGAAAUUAUAUCCCUGUUUCAAGCACUCUCAAAAGACCUCAUUGUUAAGGAACAUGGGAUCCGCCUACUUGAGGCGCAAAUCGCUACAGGUGGAAUAAUAGAUCCAAUCAACAGUCACAGACUUCCGACAGAAGUGGCCUUCAAGAGAGGUUAUUUUAAUGAAGAAAUGAAAACAAUACUAGAGGAUUCAGGGGAUGACACAAAAGGAUUUUUUGAUCCAAACACAGAAAACAAUCUAACUUAUCUUCAGCUGAUGGAAAGGUGCGUCACUGAUCCCAUCACAGGACUGUGCCUCCUCCCUCUCCUUGAUAAGUCAGACAGACUGAAUUUUAACUUCAUUGACUACCAAACUAAAAAGUCCUUCAAAGAGGAGAAGGUGAAAGUGACAUGUGGAAAGUACAUGGGAAUGACAGUAUCUCUGUGGGAACUCCUGAUGUCAGAAUACUUUGAUGAACAUCAGAGAAGAGACAUCAUUCAAAAGUACAGACAAGGGAAGCUCACUAUCAAGACGAUCGUCACAACGGUUCUGGAAAUCAUAGAAAAGUCUGUGAAAACAACUCAAGUUGUUUUUGAAGGCAUCAGAGAAACUGUCACAGCCAAACAGCUUGUGGAUGCAGAUAUCAUUAGUAAGGAGGUCCUGGAGGAUCUGAAAAAAGGAAAAGUGUCAGUGAAGGACGUGACAGAGGAUGAAAAUGUAAAUGUAUACCUACAGGGGAAAGACAGCAUUGCAGGUAUUCUGCUUCCCGAUUCUCAAAUCAUGACCAUCUACCAAGCCAAACAAAAAGGAAAGCUGAUGCCAGGAACUGCUCUGAUUCUACUGGAGGCACAGGCAGCAACAGGGUUCAUUAUUGACCCUAUUGGAAACAGGAAGUUUUCAGUGGAUGACGCUGUCAAAGCAAAGAUUGUGGGGCCUGAUCUCUGUCAAAAGUUGCGUUCUGCAGAGAAAGCAGUCACUGGGUACAAAGAUCCAUAUGAUGGUAAGAUCAUUUCUUUGUUCCAGGCCAUGCAAAAAGAUCUAAUCGUAAAAGACCAUGGAAUUCGACUCCUGGAGGCACAAAUUGCCACCGGUGGGAUCAUUGACCCAGUGAACAGCCAUCGCAUUCCUGUCCAUGUGGCCUAUCAGAGGGGAUACUUUAAUGAGAAAAUGAAUCAGAUCCUGGAUGAUCCCAGUGAUGAUACCAAAGGAUUCUUUGACCCCAACACCCAUGAGAACCUGACAUACUUGAAGCUCAUGGAAAGAUGUGUCAAAGAUCCUAGUACAGGUCUCUGCCUCUUGCCACUCAAAGGCAAAAGUAACAAAAUCAUUAUAGAUGAUAAUAUGAGGGAAACAUUUAGAACAACAACAGUUACUGUUAAGUAUGGCAGGUUCAAGGGCAAGCACACAACACUGUGGGAUCUUAUCAAUUCAGAGUAUCUGUCUGAGGACAAAAGACAGGAGUUUUUCAAGCUCUUCAGGUCAAGGAAAAUCACAAUUGAGCAACUCAUUGUCACCAUUUUAGAGAUCAUUGAGAGCAAGGAGAUAAAACAGCAAGCAGGGCUGAACUUUGAAGGUCUCAGAGGAGAGAUCUCUGUUGUGGAUCUUUUGGAGCUUGAAAUUGUGGAUGAAACAACAUACAACAGUUUGAUUGAUGGAGCGAUGACCAGCACCGAUGUGAUGAAAAUUGACAGUGUGAGAGCCUACCUACAAGGGAAAAGUUGUGUGGCUGGUGUGAUUCUGCAACCCUCUAAUCAGAAGCUAAGCAUCUAUGAGGCACAGAGAAUUGGCAUUCUCACACCUGGCACUGCCCUUUGCCUCCUUGAAGCACAAGCUGCCACAGGGUUCAUUGUUGAUCCUCUGAAAAACAAAAAACAUACAGUGGAACAAGCUCUCAAAGAAAAGAUAAUUAGUCCACAGAUGUAUGAAAAACUUUUGUCUGCAGAGAGGGCUGUCACUGGUUACCAAGAUCCCUACACUGGUCAAAAGAUUUCACUUUUCCAAGCCUUGCAAAAGGAUCUAAUUGUCAAGCAGCAUGGAAUACGUUUACUUGAGGCUCAGAUUGCUACAGGUGGUAUCAUUGAUCCCUUGAAGUGUCUUCACUUACCCCUUGAGAUUGCAUACAAGAAAGGAUAUUUUGAUGCAGAACUCAAUCAAAUCCUAUCAGACCCAACUGAUGACACGAAAGGCUUUUUUGACCCAAAGACACAUGACAAUCUGACAUACAUGGAGAUGGUGGGCAGAUGUGUCAAAGAUAAGGAAACAGGACUGUUUCUCCUGCCACUGAAUGACACACCAAAAGCUACAGGACCAAAGGCAAAAAUGUAUACUGACACAGAGAUAAAGCAAGAGUUUGAAAAGACAGCUGUGAGUAUAUCAGUUGGACGCUACUCAGGAAAAUCAGUUUCUCUGUGGGACUUGAUUCACUCUGGGUACUUCACUGAGGAUCAACGGCUUGAAUUCACUGAAAACUACAGAACAAGGAAGACCAGCAUAGAAACCAUCAUCACAUUAGUGAUCUCCACCAUUGAAAAACUGGAGAAGAGUGAAACUCCCAAAAUGACAAUGGGCCUGCGAAAGCCUGUCUCUGCACAACAACUACUGGAUUCUGAUAUCAUUGAUGCAAAUACAUUCAAACAGGUGAAAGAAGGAAAUCUCGCUUUUGAAGCAGUGACCCAAAAGGAACCUGUAAGAGGAUACCUGAAGGGAAUCGGAAGCAUUGCUGGAAUUAAAGUUCAUCCAUCUCAGAAAGUAAUGACCAUAUAUGAUGCAAAAAAGAAAGAUCUGUUGACACCUGGCCUUGCACUUUUACUUCUUGAAGCACAGGCUGCAACAGGAUGGGUCAUAGAUCCUCUCAAAAACAAGUUCUAUGCUGUUGAUGAAGCAGCUAAAGAGAAAGUAAUUGGACCAGAUGUACAUGAGCAACUUCUCUCAGCUGAACGAGCUGUUAUUGGCUACAAAGAUCCAUACACAGAUGCAACAAUAUCACUGUUUGAAGCCAUGAAUGAAGAGCUGAUUCAAAGAAGCAAUGGCAUUUGUCUUCUUGAGGCACAGCUAGCAACAGGAGGAAUAAUUGACCCUAAUCAAAGUCACAGACUACCUGUUCAUGUUGCCAUUAAAAAGGGGUGUAUCAAUGAAGAAAUUAGCAAAAUUCUGUUGAACCCCACUGAUGACGCAAAGGGAUUCUUUGACCCUAAUACCAAAGAAAACCUCUCGUACCUUCAGCUCAUGGAGCGAUGUGAGAAAGAUCCUGAAACAGGGCUACUUCUUCUACCUCUGUAUGGAGAAGAAUCCCACGUGUUUCACACAGAUGAGAAAAUAGAGCUCACAUUCAAAAACAAACGUAUUUCCAUUAAUGCAGGAAAAUUUAAAAACAAAGAGGUGACACUGUGGGAAGUGUUGCUAUCUGAAUACAUAUCAGAACAAAAACGGCAGCAGCUCAUACAACAAUACAAGACAGGAGCCAUGAACAUCGAGAAGAUCAUUGAAAUACUCACUGUUAUCAUUACAGAGGUAUCAUCCAAAGAAAGAAAGUUCAAAGGACUAAGAAAGCAGGUCUCAGCCAGUGAGUUGUAUGAGUCCAACAUUAUCUCGAAAGACCUCUUCACACAGAUUAUUAAAGGGGAAGUAACUGAAGAGAAUGUUAACAAUAUGGAUUCAAUUCAGAAGUACCUUGGGGCUACAAACUGUAUAGCAGGUGUUAGAGUGGAAUCUACAAAGAAAGUUAUGAGUAUCUAUGAAGCCAAAAGCAAAGGUCUGCUGACUCCUGGAACUUCUCUUGUUCUACUGGAGGCCCAAGCUGCCACAGGCUUUGUCAUCGAUCCAGUGAAAACAAGAAACGUCUGUAGCGGAAGCUGUGGCUCAAAGAGUGGUUGGCAGUGAGUGGAAAACAAGCUGCUUUCAGCAGAAAAGCAGUUACUGGUUACAAAGACCCCUACACUGAGACACAAUUUCUUUAUUCCAGGCCUUGAAAAAAGAUCUCAUUGUGAAAGAUCACGGAAUUCGUUCUAAUUGCAGCACAAAUGCCACAGGAGGCAUAAUUGACCCAGUGCACAGUCCACGAGUGCCUGUACAGGUGGCUUAUGAAAGAGGUUACUUUGAUGAGGAAAUGAAUCAGAUUCUGUCUGACCCUGAUGAUGACACCAAGGGCUUCUUUGAUCCCAACACUCAGGAGAACCUCACCUAUCUCCAGCUGGUUGAGAGGUGUGUUACAGAUCCCAUCACAGGCCUUAGCCUACUGGUCAAUUGCUAGAAAGGCGAGUUCUAUUUCUUUGUUGAUGAAGCAACAAAACCAUUCUGAAAUCUACAACAACAACCAGAGCAGGGGGAAUACCAAGGAACAACAGUGUCUCUGUGGGAUCUGCUCUACUCCAAAUACAUCACUGAGGAGAAGAGGGAGAGAGCUUGUGAAAAAGUACAAGUCUUGAUCAAUCACAAUCGAACGCUUUUUGGAAAUCAUCCUGACCAUCAUUCAGCAACAGAUGAAUAACAACCUCAUCAUCAUCAGUAGUCAAAUGCCCACCCACCAGAAACGAAAGUGGACAGCAGCACAACAAAAACUACCAUCACCACAAUCACAGAGACAAGUGAAUU